GCGCCGCCGCCGGCGGAUGCUCCGACCCGCUGCCGCCCCAGUGUGGGAGGCCGUGCUCGGCCCCGAGCGGUGCCGGGCGCGCUCCCCGCUCACACGUGUCCCCGCGGGGUGGGAGACUCAGGCGGGUGCCCAAGGAAGAGAAGCCAGGCCGUUGGGGGGGGGGGCACACACGUGGCCCCUGCGGGACGUAUGUGGACACGUGCGUGGCUGGAGUCGCCAUCGCCUGGCGGGGGAAUGCGUGGCCGUCCGGGCCCGUCUGGAUCCCCUCCAGCGGCACUGGGAGCUGAGCCGGCCUCCGAGCGGAGCCCUGAUCCCCUCGUCCCGCGCCCCCUUUGUCUGCGAGUUGGGGCCCCUGCAGCCUGCGGGACCGAAAGCGCCUCCCCGAGGGGCCGGGGCCGGGGGAGACGGAACGGGGAGCAAAUGGCCAGUCCCAGACUCGGAGCCUCACUCCCACCGCCCUUCGUGGGGGCUGGGGAGCUCAGGGGCUUCGCUCGCGGAGAUUUCAUCUCUGGGGGCCUGGAGGCAGCAGCGUCGUCCUGUGGGUGGUCUCUGAGCUGCGCUGCCCACAGCCUUGUCCUCCAGCGCAGUUGAGCAGGCUGGCACACAGGGAGGGCUGACAGCUCUGGGGCCUCAGGCCGGGCUGGGGCGGCUGCGUUUCUAUGGCAACGUGGGGGUGCCAGGGGAGGUCCCUCCCAGCUGUCCCUUGCCCUGGAGGUGGGAACCACUGAGUGAGGGCAGAAAAAGGAGGGCUCAGGGUCCAGAGGACCCCCUGCUCCCCCCCCUCCGCUCCCCCCAGAGUCCCCUCUCCCCCCCACUAUCCUCAGCUCUGCGGCUGGUCUCCCCCUCUCCAGCUUGCAGAGCUAGAUGGAGGGUCUUCAGGACUGCCAGUCUUCCUGGAACAGCUGCUCCCCUUCCCACCUUGGAGAGUCUGUCUGACUUCCCGCACCCCCGACAGGAGCAGGCUCUCACUCAGUCCCCAGAGGGCGGGCUGUAGACCCUGCCCCCAAGGCCCUAGGACAGCAGAGUGAGUCAGCUGUGGCCAGUCUACACCUGGAGGGUGGGGGGUGGGGUAGGGAAAGAGAUUCAGGUUGAAGUGCAAAGGUCAGACUCUUCUCUGUAGGCUGGGACCCAGAGGAGCAGGUCCCUGGCCCUGAGGCCCUGGAUGGGGUGGGGGGCAGCUUGGCGGGGCAGCUUGGCAGGGCAGAGGGCUCUGGGAGUGCUGGUGCCCAGGCCAUCUGGAUCUGCCAGGUGAACAGGCCUUUGGGGAGCAGUCAGUGGCUUCUGAGACCCAGCCACCUCUUCCCCGACCUUUCCAGAAGACAUGCUCCAGUGUGAGCUUUCCCCGAAACACACUGCCCCCCGCAGCACACAGUCCCCACAGAGCCAUCUCCACCCCACGGCAGCAGCUUUCUCUUGCCUGCACACACAGAGAGCCCUAUUCUUGGGGUCCCUGGGCCCCAGACAGAUCAAGCCUGCAGACUGCAAACAGAAACCCAUGGGGCAGCUAGGGACAUGGUGGCCGGGGGCAGGGGUCCCUGUGAACAGGCUGAGUGGCUUGGCUAGGUCAGCCCGAGUCAGACCCAUGGGCCCAAGGGGGCUCAGAGGCCAGUCCCUGCCUCCAAGAAGCUUGUCGCACCCCUUCUUAUCCCUUCUCCCAUGGUUGCCAGGAGGCUCAUCCCGCCCAAAGUGAAAGAGAAAGUCACCCCCCUCCCCAGGCCCGCCCCUCCCCGCCCCGCAGCCAAUCCCCACAGCCGGCACCUCCCUCGGCCGCUGGUUCGCCUCCUGGAGCCCGCAGGCUGUAGUCGCCGAGGAGGAGCCGGUCCUGUGCAUCUUGGGGUGAGCGGGACCAGGACGCCCGAGUUGGUUUUGAAAUUGCCCUGAAAGCCGAGGGCCGCCCUCCUCCUCCACCUCCGGCGUCUGGCGUCCACCUCGGCUCCUACCUGGGUGCUCCCGAGUUAAAUGGCUGAGAAGCAGAUCAGCCUGCCAGCCAAGCUCAUCAACGGCGGCAUCGCCGGGCUGAUCGGGGUCACCUGCGUGUUCCCCAUCGACCUGGCCAAGACGAGGCUGCAGAACCAGCAGAAUGGGCAGCGCAUGUACACCAGCAUGUCCGACUGCCUCAUCAAGACCAUCCGCUCAGAGGGCUACUUCGGGAUGUACCGAGGAGCUGCUGUGAACCUCACCCUUGUCACCCCCGAGAAGGCCAUCAAGCUGGCAGCCAACGACUUCUUCCGGCAUCAGUUCUCCAAGGACGGGCAGAAGCUGACGUUGUGGAAGGAGAUGCUGGCGGGCUGCGGCGCCGGCACCUGCCAGGUGAUUGUGACCACGCCCAUGGAGAUGCUGAAGAUCCAGCUCCAGGAUGCAGGCCGCAUCGCCGCCCAGAAAAAGAUCCUGGCUGCCCAUGCUCAGCUCUCGGCCCAGGGGGCUGCCCAGCCCUCGGUGGAAGCGCCAGCCACCCCUCGACCCACGGCCACCCAGCUGACCCGGGACCUGCUGCGGAGCCGAGGCAUCGCGGGCCUCUACAAGGGCCUGGGGGCCACGCUGCUCAGGGACGUCCCCUUCUCCAUCGUCUACUUCCCACUCUUCGCCAACCUGGACCAGCUGGGCCGGCCAGCGUCCGGGGAGAAGUCUCCUUUCUAUGUGUCCUUCCUGGCCGGCUGUGUGGCCGGGAGCGCGGCCGCCGUGGCCGUCAACCCCUGUGACGUGGUCAAGACCCGGCUCCAGUCGCUCCAGCGCGGCGCCAAUGAGGACACCUACUCGGGGAUCCUGGACUGUGCCAGGAAGAUCUUACGGCACGAGGGCCCCUCGGCCUUCCUGAAGGGCGCUUACUGCCGCGCCCUGGUCAUCGCCCCGCUGUUUGGCAUCGCUCAGGUGGUCUACUUCCUGGGCAUCGCCGAGACCCUGCUGGGGCUGCAGCGCAGCCAGCCCUGAGCCCAGCGGCCGCCCUCCACCCUCCAGCCGCGAGGGACCAGAGUGGGGCCAGAGCCAGGCGGCGCUCCCAGGAUGCAGCAGGAGGCUCUCCCCACGCGGCUGGGGGUGGGGCGGGCGAGAGCAAGGGGAGCAGAGUCCACUCGGUGUUGCACACAUAGGCCGGGCAGGGUCCUGCCUGCCGGCCGCUGGGAUCAACGUCUUAGUUGUGUAGAAAACGCAAACAUCCGUACAUUCCGGGUGCCAGCCUCGCCCCACCUCCGCUCCAGCCUGGACUCCCUCAGCGACAGAGCUGGUCUCUGGGCUGGGGGUCUCCAGGCCGGACUGGGCGAGCUGGACCCUACCCUCCAGUCUACCAGCUCCCGUCCCCGAGGCUUGGCCCCUGUUCCACAGAGGGGACCGUGCACAAACCUAUUUAUUAACUUGACGAGCACAAGUGGCUCUGUCCAUUCUUCUGUCUGUCCGUCCAGCCUCCCCCGCUGCUGUUCUUGCCUCGGCCAGCCUUACAGGAGCUUUGGGCUCUCCUGCGCCCUCCCCCCCCCCGCCCCGAUACUGAGCCAGGAAUCCUAGGCUGGGGGUCACCUCGAGUUCUGACUCCCAGGACAGGUCCACCACCCCCACUGUGGGACCCAGCAUCCCUCCUGAUGGGCCCCUCUGCCCCCCGCGGCUAGGGGCCCCGAGCAUGUGAGGUCUGCGUGUGUGUAUGAAUGUUGCGGGGAGCAGCUGGAGGCAACGCUCAGCUGGCCUGGCCUACCAAGGAGGGGACUCUGGGGAGCUGCUGCCCUCCCACGAGGCCAGGCAGAGAGAGCAUGCGUGUGGGUGUGUACACACAGCCUAGGCUCCCCACUGACCCCGUCCAGGAAUUCAUUGCUGCAGCCCGGCCUCUCCUGCUGCACCUUUGGCAGACACCCCCCCCCCCAUCCAGGGCUGGGCAUGGGGGAGGACAGUCACGAGGACCAGUACGGAGCCUGAGGGCAUUUGCUCUGCUCGCAGGGGCACCAGGAGCUGUCCCUUCAGUCUCCCCAGGGCCCACUCUGCUCUCUGGGCCUCUGCACAAGGCCCCCUGACCACACUUAGUAAAGCUCUGCCCUCCCAGCCCCCACCCCCCCUUGAUGUUGUGAGUCGAGGCAGGCUCCCUGCCCUGCCCCGCCCCCAGCCACGUGAUCGUGUUGGUGAUUGAUGCUGACGUGCUGGUGCUGUGUCCCCCACCCGGGCCCCUCUUCGGUGGCCCCUUCCUGGAGACACUACCUGGGGCUCAGGCCUGGGCCCCCAGUUCACGGUUGUUCCUGGGAGCUGCUCUCCCGCUACAUCUGUACCUUGGAAGCUGCCGCUGCUGCUUACAGAAUUCUAUUUUUUCUUUCGAAGAGUUUUAAGAAGUUGUAACUUUUUGUGUCUGGUCAUGUAAGGAGAUAAAUAAAUAUUCUACGUAGAUGCCUCUAA